AUGGCUCACCGCAUUGUCACCCAAGUCGUCGUCACCGGAGCCCGGGUCUUCGGCCGCGCUUUCGCCGAAGCCUACAAGCAGGCCCAGGCCUCCGGCAAAUAUGCUGCGCAGAAGAAGGGCAGCGGAGGCUUCACCUCCUCCGGCCUGACCCUCGACGAGGCCUGCAAAAUCCUCAACGUCAAGCCCCCGGUGGCCGGCGAGCAGAACGUCGAACACGUUAUGGAACGAUUCAAGAAACUCUUCGACAUCAACGAUCCUCAGAAGGGCGGCAGUUUCUACCUGCAGAGCAAGAUUCUGCGCGCACGCGAGCGCAUAGAGAUGGAGGUCCGAACAGCGGAGCGCCAGGCCGCCACGGAGAAGGAAUUGAAAGAAGGCUGGAAUCCCAAGGUCUACAAGGACCGGUGA